UUGAUAUCUUUUCAGAAAUAUAAUUUGAAUCAAUUGCCAAUUACUGAUAAUCAGUUAAAGCAGAAAGAUAUUAACAGUUCGUUUUCCACAGUGUACAGAAAACCUGCUCUGAGAAAUCAGCAGUCAUUGGAAUCUGCUAUUCAGUGCUCUCCGGGACCAAGUUCCGAGAGACGACUGAAAUUUUCUAAACGAAGUAAAACAGUGACAAAAGAAUAUGAGAAGCAAUUGAAAUUUAUCAGUUCAAAUGGAAGUUUAACCAUGCGAAGUUUUGAUAAUGGCGAGAUAUCAGAUGUUGAAGUAAACAUGAAGCCUCUGAACGACCGAUCUCGAUCUUUGUCACCUCUCAAACAACUGAAAACUUACUCAUUCCGAUCAACGCCUUCUGAAGAAGGCAUUCUUUCUGAUAUUCAACAAGAAAUGAUUCGAAAUUCUUGGCAAACAAUAGUGACAAAGUUAGAAUCUAGCCAGAGUUUUGGAUAUUUUGUUUUUCAACGGGUUUUUGAACGAAACUCUUUACUUAAGAAAGCUUUCCACGUGGAAGAAUAUAAAUCUUUCGAGUCUGUUCCUGAAGAACACUCAAUCUUUCGUCAAAUGCGACUAUUUACCAAUGUGAUCUCACUUGCGGUGCGUAAUGUAAGCGAACUUGAAAUGCAAAUCGCUCCAGCAUUAUUUUCCUAUGGGCAACGCCAUUACGGAGUUGCAAGAGAUUAUUUCAACGAAGAAACAGUACGAUUAUUUUGUAGCCAAGUGGUUUGUACAGUAGCUGAUAUUUUAGAAACUGAGUUUGAGCCAGCAUGCAUGGAAGCGUGGAUUGAAAUGAUGCGUUUUAUUGGAACUAAGUUACUGGAUGGUUUUGAUUAUGUACGAUUAUCACAAAAUAAAAAAAUUUUACUCAAUACUAACGAUCACGUUUUUUAUGUAUUGUAA